ACAGCAUCGACCGUCGGCCCGCUCGGAGGUGUUUGUGUUUGGCUCCUGUUGGGUGCUUUUUUUCUGUGUGUGCUGCCGCGACGCCGCCACCGUCGUUUGUCCUGCUGAUCGCGCGCGCCGCCUACUGCGAGGGAGUGUGUGUGUGUGUGGGCAGGCAGGCAGCAAAAGAGGCUGCAUAAAUAAACGCAUUUCGCGCUCGCAAGCAUAAACAAAAAGUGCAUUCGGUCAGUGUUUGUGUUUUUGUUUGAAACCGCCGGAAAGCCGCCGCCAGAAAAUGCAAUCUCACAGCAAGAAGCGCGUUUGCUACUACUACGACAGCGACAUCGGCAACUAUUACUAUGGCCAGGGACAUCCGAUGAAGCCGCACCGGAUACGUAUGACGCACAACCUGCUGCUCAACUAUGGGCUGUACCGGAAGAUGGAGAUAUAUAGACCACACAAGGCAACUGCCGAUGAAAUGACCAAAUUCCACUCCGACGACUACAUCCGGUUCCUGCGGUCAAUCCGCCCAGACAACAUGUCCGAGUAUAACAAACAGAUGCAGCGAUUCAACGUCGGCGAGGAUUGUCCGGUGUUUGACGGGUUGUACGAGUUCUGCCAGCUGUCCGCCGGGGGUUCCGUGGCGGCCGCCGUCAAGCUGAACAAGCAAGCGUCCGAGAUCUGCAUCAACUGGGGCGGAGGGCUGCAUCACGCCAAAAAGUCCGAAGCCUCCGGCUUCUGCUACGUGAACGACAUCGUGCUGGGCAUCCUGGAACUGCUCAAGUAUCACCAGCGCGUGCUGUACAUCGAUAUCGACGUGCACCACGGCGACGGGGUGGAGGAGGCGUUCUACACGACGGACCGCGUCAUGACCGUGAGCUUCCACAAGUACGGCGAGUACUUCCCGGGAACGGGAGAUCUGCGCGAUAUUGGUGCCGGCAGGGGAAAGUACUACGCGGUGAACAUUCCGCUGCGCGACGGAAUGGACGACGAGUCGUACGAGUCGAUCUUUGUGCCGAUUAUUUCGAAGGUCAUGGAAACGUUCCAACCGUCGGCGGUGGUGCUCCAGUGCGGUGCCGACUCCCUGACCGGCGACCGGCUCGGCUGCUUCAACCUGACCGUCAAGGGCCACGGCAAGUGCGUCGAGUUUGUGAAAAAGUACAACCUGCCGUUCCUGAUGGUGGGCGGCGGCGGCUACACGAUCCGCAACGUGUCCCGCUGCUGGACGUACGAGACGUCGGUGGCGCUGGGCUGCGAGAUCGCGAACGAGCUGCCGUACAACGACUACUUCGAGUACUUUGGGCCGGACUUUAAGCUGCACAUCAGCCCGAGCAACAUGAGCAACCAGAACACGACGGAGUAUCUGGAGAAGAUCAAGAACAGGCUGUUCGAGAAUCUGCGGAUGUUGCCGCACGCGCCGGGCGUGCAGGUUCAGGCCAUCCCGGAGGACGCCGUGAACGACGAGAGCGAGGACGAGGACAAGGUCGACAAGGACGAACGGCUGCCGCAGACGGACAAGGACAAGCGGAUAGUGCCGGACAACGAGUUUUCCGACUCGGAGGACGAGGGCGAGGGCGGCCGACGGGACAACCGCUCGUACAAGGGUGGCGCUCGGAAGCGACCGCGGCUGGAGAAGGAACCGAAAGCGGAGGAAGCCAAGGACGAGCUCGAAGUGAAAGCCGAAACGACGGCGGACAAAGAGGAGACCACCAGCACCAAAGCGGGCGAAGACUCGAAGAAGGAAACCACUGCCACUGUUGCAUGAUCGGCGUUGGCCGCGUACCGGAAGUAGCCACCACCGCAGCAGCAGUGAGUGUGCCACGCUCUCCAGACGCAGUAGCAGCAGCAGCACCUUUUUUUUAGGCGGAAACGACAACAUAACUUGAGCAAAGUUAAGGCGCAUAGUUUUAUCUAAAAAUCAACAAAAAAAAACGUAAUUUACUGAACAGAGAGUAAGUCUUAAAAGGAGUUUCCGAAAUCGGAACGCGAUGUCAAUGAAAGCACACAAAAAAAAAAAACAAAAACAAACAAACAAACUCUUAGACAUACUUUGCUGGAGUAAAAUCGAUUUAUUCCUGAUAGUUAGGAUUCAAAUUACCCCUCUACGAGAGUAAGCGAAUAUUUAUGAUUUUUACUAGCAGUUAAACUCAACCCUAAAAACGAUCUUAUUUUGAAACCAGACAAUUUUUUAAGCAUUCAAAACAGUUGAACCAACCAGCAAAUGACAAACAGCAGAAGCAGCGGAAUUAUUAAAACAAAAAUAAACUUGAUCUCAGGAACGUAAAGCCACACACGUUUUAAAUUCAAA